CACUCACCACCUAUACAAACACGAUUCUUCCGCCUCCCUCAAACAGAAACCAUAUCAUUAACCCUAAUUCACGCCUACAACACCUCCAUCUGCAAAAAUCUCUGAAAGCCACAGAUCUACACAUCUCUCCAGCUCCCCCCCCAAUCUCCACCAGGGUGAUUCUGAAGAUGGUGUCUGACGCUAGCAAGAAGAAGGCUGCUCAGAAGAAAGCCGCCGCCGCCGCCAAAAGAGGCGGUAAAUCCGCCGCAGCAGCUUCCAAAUCCGCCGCUACUUCUUCCAACGGAGGAGUCGACAGCUUGUCGAGCGGCGUCGACGCCCUUCAGAUAUCCGACCGGACCUGUACCGGAAUCCUCUGCUCUCAUCCUCAAUCGAGAGAUAUUCGAAUAGAGUCGUUGUCUGUUACGUUUCACGGUUACGACCUCAUUGUUGAUUCGAUGCUGGAGCUUAACUACGGAAGACGUUACGGUCUCCUCGGGCUGAACGGUUGUGGGAAGUCCACUCUCUUAACCGCGAUCGGACUCAGGGAGCUGCCGAUUCCUGACCACAUGGAUAUCUACCAUCUCUCCCACGAGAUCGAAGCCACUGACAUGACUUCUCUCGAGGCUGUCAUGAGCUGUGAUGAGGAGAGAUUGAAGCUGGAGAAGGAGAUUGAGACUCUCGUUGAGCAGGAUGAUGGAGGUGGAGAGCGUCUUGACACGAUCUAUGAGCGGUUAGAGGCAAUGGAUGCUGCUACUGCGGAGAAGCGUGCUGCUGAGAUUCUGUUUGGUCUUGGUUUUGACAAGGAGAUGCAGGCUAAGAAGACUAAAGAUUUUUCUGGUGGUUGGAGGAUGAGAAUUGCGCUGGCGAGAGCUCUCUUCAUUAUGCCGACAAUCCUUUUGCUUGAUGAGCCGACCAAUCAUUUAGAUUUGGAAGCUUGUGUCUGGUUAGAAGAGAGCCUGAAGAACUUUGAGCGUAUCCUUGUGGUGGUAUCCCACUCACAGGAUUUUUUGAACGGAGUGUGUACCAACAUCAUCCACAUGCAAAGCAAGCAGCUCAAGUACUACACUGGUAACUUCGACCAGUACUGCCAGACCCGUUCCGAGCUAGAAGAGAAUCAGAUGAAACAGUACAGAUGGGAACAGGAGCAGAUCUCCCACAUGAAGGAGUACAUUGCUCGGUUCGGUCACGGUUCAGCCAAACUCGCUCGUCAAGCGCAGAGCAAGGAGAAGACUUUGGCCAAGAUGGAGAGAGGUGGGCUUACAGAGAAGGUGGCAAGAGACAGUGUUCUCGUUUUCCGAUUCGCUGAUGUCGGGAAGCUUCCACCUCCUGUGCUUCAGUUUGUGGAAGUGUCUUUCGGGUACACGCCGGACUAUCUUAUAUACAAGAACAUCGACUUUGGUGUUGACUUGGACUCAAGAGUGGCUCUUGUUGGACCUAAUGGAGCUGGGAAGAGUACUUUAUUGAAGUUAAUGACUGGUGAGCUGCACCCGACUGAAGGAAUGGUGAGGCGUCACAACCACUUGAAGAUUGCUCAGUACCAUCAGCAUCUAGCUGAGAAGCUGGAUCUGGAAGUGCCUGCGCUUAUCUACAUGAUGAACGAGUUCCCUGGUAACGAAGAGGAGAAGAUGAGAGCUGCCAUUGGUAGGUUCGGUCUAACCGGUAAGGCUCAAGUGAUGCCGAUGAAGAAUCUCUCUGAUGGACAGAGGAGCCGUGUGAUAUUCGCGUGGUUGGCUUAUAAGCAGCCUAACAUGCUUCUGUUGGAUGAGCCUACCAACCAUUUGGAUAUUGAGACGAUUGACUCUCUAGCCGAGGCGUUGAACGAGUGGGAUGGUGGUUUGGUUCUGGUGAGUCAUGACUUCAGGUUGAUUAACCAAGUGGCUCAUGAGAUAUGGGUGUGUGAGAAGCAGUGCAUUACUAAAUGGAAUGGUGACAUUAUGGACUUCAAGAAGCAUCUCAAGGCUAAAGCUGGACUUGAUGAUUGAAGAUAGAGUUAAGUCAGAAGAUUCUGUUGGGUCCUGGCUAGAGAGUGAGAGGGAUGGUUUUGGGAAUGGUUGUUAACGACUUCUGAAGCCAACACGUUAGAGAGAAAGAGAUACCAUACUCGUGAUCUCUGCAACUUCUUACUUAUUAAGAGGUCAGUGGUUCUAUAUCAUAAUUAGUAAUGUGCACUUUUAUUAUUGUUCUUGAACGUUUUUUUGAAGGCGAAACGGAGAUGGAAAAAGUAAUACUUUUGGUUGUAUGGAUUAUUUGUUUCAUUUUAUAAAGACUGAGAUGAUGUUGACGAUUA